UGAUUAUUGCCCUUUCACGAUCUUGGAGAUUAUAAAUCAAUUCACAGAUGAUCAAACUCUGCAUUGCUUCAGUGGAGCAUGAAUCGAUAGCUGGAAUCAGGAAGUCGUGCCUGAUUGACGCUAUAUCUUGCAAAAAUAUCCACAAAAUUGAUGGAAGGAAUGGAAAAGAAUUAGUUCAAUUGAUCCGAAAACCAGAUAUCUCCCUUCCUCAAUCGUGCAUUGGAAAUGUUCAGGCUAGAAUAAUGUCAACAUUGUCUCAAAUCGCUGUAAUGCCAUCGAGUAAUUACCCCAGCUACCGUUCAGCCAUGAACAUUUCCCCGCUUGCGUCAUCGAGCAGAUCAUCCAGCUCCAUGAGCCCCCGCUAUUUAUGACAACGUCGUCGAUUGUACUUCUCCGCAAGAUAUGUCGUGAUGAAUACGCUGGAUUCGUGAUCUCGAAUUGGUAAUCGGCAUAAGUUGAUCAUUCUCCUCGCUACUCCCCUUCUACAGAAAAU